UCAUUGCGUAAAAAUAAUGUACAUUGCGAAUGAAUCAUCAAGCACUAUAAUUAAUUAACACAUGUGCGUGAAAUAACAAUAAUAACAACAACAAGCAAUGGAAGCUACAAAUAUGGAGUGCGCGCAAUUGCGUGAGCUGAAAAAAUUUCUAGCGGAAGCCGUGGCCAGCAGCGAACUGACCUCUGACAAUGAGUUAAUAACGGUAACACGCAGCAGCAGUGACACCUAUAAGGUAAGCAACAAAGAGCUGCACGCGGAACUGCUGCUGGCUAUAUGGAAGCAGUUACGUAGUAAAGGUUGCCCGCCAGGAUUUCAGCUCAAGCUGCUGCAGACUGCAUUGGAGCAUGUAAAGCAGGCACUGCGCCAGAACAAGGAGUGCGAGGUGCAGCUAGAGACGCCAGGAGAGCCGCAAUAUGAUUUGCUCAAGUUGCAAAAGUUUUCGUCCAGCCAAUUGGAUAAGCUGCUGCUCAAACUGACGGACAAUGCCAAGUCGGAGCAGCUGGAAAGCUAUGCGCAGCCAAACACUUUGUGUCAAGACGUAGCAUGCAGCUGUCAGGCGAAGCAACAGGAAACAAUGCACAGCGCGGCGGCUGUAAAAAAUAAACCACGUAAAAUGGAGGAUCGUAAUGUGUGCCUGGAACGUUAUGGUGAGCUCUAUGAACUGCAGCAGCAGUGUCGCUACUUUGGCGUCUUUGAUGGACACUCUGGCGCGCUCUCCGCAUGCUAUGCCACAAGUCAACUGCCACAGCUACUGGCAGAGCAAUUGCUGAAGCAGCAGCACAGUGAGGAUUGUCAGGUGGACUUUUAUCGUCAUGCCUUUGAGGCAGCAUUUCUGCAAGCGGAUGCACGUUUUAAUCAGAAGCGCAUAACCAGCGGCACUACAGCAGUCUGCGCUUUAAUAACACAGGCUCCACCACAGCACUUGUAUAUAGCCUGGGUGGGUGAUUCCAAGGCGCUGCUGGUGGGCCAACGCACGCAGCUGCAGCUGGUCAAGCCGCACAAGCCCGAGGGCAAUGAAGAGCGUCGACGCAUUGAGCUCAGCGGCGGAACAGUGAUACAUGCGCAAGGACAAUGGCGUGUCAAUGGCAUACUCAAUGUGGCGCGUUCCAUAGGUGAUCAUAGCCUGCAGGCGGUUAUUGCUGAGCCCGAUUUUGUAGAUGUGCCGCUAAGUGAAGCGCAUGAUUUCUUGCUACUCGGCACCGAUGGUCUGUGGGAUCAUGUACCGGAGACGCUUAUUGUGGACACUGUCUAUGCUUGCUUGGCACAGUUGGAUACCAAACUGGAGGACAUUCCCAAAGUGCUUGUGGAGGCGGCCAAACAGCAUGAUUCACAGGACAAUAUAACUGUAGUGCUGGUGCUGCUCAAGCCGCGCUCAGAAAUCAAGCGCAGUUAGUUCUAUUUGAUAAACAAUUGUUUGUUCGUUUGUUUAGUUUUUUGUAUAUAGUCUUAAGUAUAAACAUUCUUAUGUGCCUGUGACGUUGGUCCCCACUAGUUAUAUAUAUAUUGCUUAGGGGCAAACACACAUCAAAUAUUGGUUGCCUCUCGAACAAGCUCAAAUCACACACAAACACACAAUGUAUUUAAUAUUUUGCCAAGUUUACAUUCUACGCACACACAUACACAUAAAAAGUUAACAUUGUUUUACUCGCUUGUUGUUUAAGCAAAUAUAUAUAGUAUAUAGCCUGCAGUGCUUCCGCUAACAAUUUAAAUGCAUGCUGUAUAUAGAAUCAAUUUAAUUCUUAGAUGAAAGCUAUGAAUAGAUUCAUUUUGUAGUUAACAUUUAACAAGAUAUACAAAUCUUUUGUUUU